UUGUUUUUACUUUUUAUUAAAGCCUUAUUUUGAUUUUUGCUCACAAACCAAUUUGUGUUUUUUGUUCAACCAAGUACGAAUUAAAAAAAAUAUUUUAUUUUUUUCGCCUCAUCUUGGAGAAAAAGAUUUCCCACACAAAGACUCGAUUUUCGGCAAACAUAAAGGCGAAGAAGAAGAGUGGAGCCAAGCGAAAAAAGUGAGCGUGUGUGCGUGCGAGAGCGUGCAAAAGAGAGCGCUACAGCAAGCAGCCAUCAGUGUGUGUGCGUGUUUGUGUCUUUUGCGCGAGAGAGAGAGAGACUGUGCGCUCGUGUCUGUGUGUAAAGGGACGCCGCUAAAAAAGGCGCAGAAAAGAAAAGAAACAAGGAUUUUUUCUUUAUUCGUUUUUGCUAAUUGAAACCCGUACAGAAAUGGAGGAAGUAGCGGUAAAGAAGCGCGGCCGACCACCAAAGGCAUCCAGCGGUGGUGGCUCUUCAUCAGCGGCGGCGGCGGCAGCCUCGCCGGGUCCCAAAAAGCGCGGUCGUCCCGCCAAGAAUAAGGGCUCCAAUCCGCCCAGCGGUGGCGGUGGCCAGCGCGGUCGUCCCCCCAAGGCGUCCAAAAUCCUGACUGACGAUGAUCCCGAGGACGAUGAAGACGAGGAGGGCGACGGCUCCGGCGCUGAGCUUGCAAACCACUCAUCCCCCUCGCCGACGAAGGGCAGGGGACGUCCCAAGAGCAGUGGCGGCGCCGGAGCUGGCGAUGCGGUCAAGACGCCCGGUUCCGCCAAAAAACGCAAGGCCGGCAGGCCCAAGAAGCACCAGCCCAGCGAUAGCGAGGAUGAAGACGAGCAGGAUGAUGAUGACGACGGUAGCAGCAUCGAAGAACGUCGCCCGGUGGGCCGGCCGCCGGUCGCUGGAUCCGUCAACCUGAACAUAGUGCGCACGGGACGCGGCCUGGGAAGACCCAAGAAGCGGGCAGCCGAGUCCAAUGGCGAUGGGGAGCCUCAAGUGCCCAAGAAACGCGGUCGUCCGCCACAGAAUAAGUCGGGAAGUGGCGGCAAUAGUGGCUACGUGCCCACUGGUCGUCCACGCGGUCGUCCAAAGGCCACUGCUGCGCCUGUCGACAAGCACGAGGAUGACGAUGAUCAGGACGAUGAGAACUCCGCGGACGAGGUGCACAGCUCGCCGGAGAAGACGGUAGUGGCGCCAAAGAAGCGUGGACGUCCCGCCCUUGGCGCCAGCAAGGUGCCCAAGGAGGGAACACCGAAGCCCCGCGGUCGCCCAGCGAAACACAUUGACGAGGCAGAUGCUGAUGCAGAUGAUGCUGAUUCCACCGACCAGGCCGAACAAAACUCAAAGAAGGAGGCGGACGACGAGGACGGUGCCGUGGAUGGGACACCAACCAAAGGAGAUGGCCUGAAAUGGAACUCCGAUGGCGAAAAUGAUGCCAACGACGAAUAUGUUUCGGAUGCCUACAACGAUUCCGAAUCGGUAGCUGCCUAAAACAAACAAUUUAUAAACAUUUCCACACACACACCCCCCUUCCCUAAGAAUCAACACAAAAAAAGGAUGUUGCAAAAAAAGAACGAAAACAUCUGCAAGUAAGAGACGAAACCUUAAGCACACAAGAUACAAAAAAUAAAAUACGGAUAGGACCUACUGGACUUUCGAGAACCUUCCCCUCCUAAAACUACACACUAUCUACAUACAUAUUCCGAUUUAUUGCUGAGAAAAUGGAAAAUCCGUUUACACUGCACUCCACUGUAAUGAUGUAGCGUAACUCGGAAAACGAUUUCAAAUUGGAUUGGAAUUUUCAAAUAAAUAACAUAUGUAUUAGAGAUGUGCGGCCUGUUUUUUUCUUUUCGGAAGUUUGUAAAACAUUAAACUUGAUUGUAACAAAGAAUUUGAUUUGAUUGCAGCUAAUUCAAUCGUAUACAAGUUUAAAUAAACAAAAACCUCAAAUUUA